AUGGACAGUCUUGUUUCAACUUUGAGUUCAAUCUCCUUGGAAGAUCCUUGGCGAUUAUGGCUUUAUGAAUGUAAUGAUUUUCCUCAACACUGCCCUCCUAGAAGGAAUAUUGAAAAUGUAAAAAUAAUAUUUGACUUUAAUUUUUCAAAAAAAAUUAUUAAGGGGAAUGGCUCGUCUGGAAAGCAUUUUUGUGGAUUUUGUCAACAACUUGGGAAGCUUAAACACUUAUUUACAAAUCCUUUUGAAGAAUCUGGGGAUCGUUGGAUGAAUUAUUUAACAAAAGAUUGUUUUUACAAGAGUGCACAAACUAUGUUUCGCUCUAUUCAAUUUGCCGUUAAUCGAAAAGAAGAUAAUUUGUUGCCUAGUCAGCUGGCUAAGCAUAUUUUCUUUAACAAAAAAUAUGGACGUGCCUUCUUUCGUGAAGGAAUUCCACCCAAUUACGAAGACCCUCAAAACUUUAAAGGGGGAAAUUUCCAACUUUUAUUACUUGGAACGACAGGGAAUAUUCAAUUAUUAAAAGAAUUUGACAAAAUUUUUAUUAUUUGUGUUAAAAAUUUAAUUGGAAAUGAGGGGGGAAAUAUUGACAAGAGAUUUAAUGGAAUAUUUUUACGUUGCGAAAUUAAUCCUGGGAAAAAUUUGGAUAAAUCUAUUGAUAAUUACAGUGAUUUGAAGGAUUUGCCUUUUAUGGUUAAAAUUGAGGUGAAUUAUUCUGUUCUGUUUUCCGGAGAGAAUAUAAAUUUUUGGGGAGUAUUUAAUUACAUAUAG